AUGGCACUCAACUGCGCCAUGCUGAGCCCCUCGCGGGCACCCAUCCCCCUCCCGAACGAACUCACGAUCCGCACCAUCGAGGGCGGCGUCGAGCUCAGCCUGAUCGUCCCUGAUGCGCCCCCCGCAGGCUCGUCCAGCUCCGGCGGCUCGGGCGGCACGAGGAAGCUGAAGGACGUGGGCCGGCUGUGGCUCACCGACCAACGCCUGAUCUUUGUCUCUGACGGCGCACCCAGGUCCGCGCUCGAGUCGCUCUCCGUGCCGCUCACCGCGCUGCUGUCGACCAAGUUCGAGCAGCCGUACUUCGGCUCGAACUACCUCGAGGUCGACAUCCGGCCCUCGCGCGACGGCGGGCUGAGCGACGGCACGACGGCGGAGAUACGCUUCAAGGACAAGGGUCUCUUUGAGUUUGUCAGCGCGCUGGAGAAGACGAGGGAGCGGGCCGUGUACAUGAAGAGACAGUCGGCGGACGACGAGGACGAGGGCCUGCCCUCAUACAGCCCGCCAGAACCAGGCCCGUCGUACUCAGCCCGAGUCCCGGAUGAAGCUCCGCCUGGCUACGAUGCUUAG